UUAUCUGAAAGAAAGGGUAUUUGUAGAAUGCAUUCCACUUUUAAAUUAAAUCUGAUUUACGACUCAUAUUUUUCUCAGUGCAUAAACGCAAAUUUGUGUUGAAAUAUUGUUUUGCCAUUCUAUGUGCUAAUUAACAAUUCUUCGCAUAUUUUUGUUUUUUUUUUCCUGCAGCGUCGCGCAGCUUUCUCGGUUGUCGCGAUCGCCCAGAACAGCCACAUCUUGGAUUUGCUUUCACCACAGUUGGAAGAUACCGGCCUCAAGACGACGACAUUCUUGCAACACUUUAAGGACGUCGUCACGACGAAGUUCACCGGCAGAGAUCAUCACCUGCCGCCACUGCAUCCGGCGCAUCCAGCGCACCAGCAGUCCGCACUGCACCACCAUCAGCCGCACCAGGCUGUAGCCCAGAGCUUUUCCACCAUUUUUCCAACAUAUCUAGGGAUGGAUCGCACCGCCGCUGGCGGUUGCGGUGCGGCAGGCGGUGGUCUGGGUGUUGUGACCAGUUCGGCUACUGCGCUCGGACCCAGCGGUAUUGGCGGCGGUGGUGGCGGAAUUGGUGUGGGCGGUGGUGCCUUGAACGGCCUGGAAGCCAUGUCAGCCGAAUCCACGGGUCUGUGUCUACAAGAUCUGGUCAGUGCAGGCACGGCUAAUGGCGCAGGAUCGGCUGGCUCGGCAGAGAGCGCCACCACCACAAGCACAGCGCUGAGCAGCGGGAGCACUGGCAGCUCCACAGUCAACGGUGGUGGCAGCAGCGCAUCCGGCGCCGAACAUCUGCACAGUCAUCACAGUCUGCACGAUUCCAGCUCCUCGGUCAGUAUUUCACCCGCCAUCUCGAGUCUGAUGCCCAUCAGCAGUCUCAGCCAUUUGCACCACACGGCUGCCUCCGGUCAGGACUUGGUUGGUGGCUAUCCGCAGCAUCCGCAUCAUGCGGUGGUGCCACCACACACACCCAAGCACGAGCCGCUCGAGAAACUCAGAAUUUGGGCCGAAACCGGUGAUUUUCGUGAUAGUCAUAGCUCCAUGACCGCCGUAGCAAAUAGUUUGGAUAGCACACAUUUGAAUAACUUUCAGACAUCGUCAAGCACAUCGACGUUAACGAAUCGGAGUCGUGAACGCAAAGAUGGUAAUCGCAGCGUCAAUGAGACCACAAUCAAAACAGAAAACAUAUCAAACUCCGGCCACGACGAGCCGAUGACAACCAGCGCCGAUGAGCCCAAGAACGAUAAGAAGAACAAACGCCAGAGGCGUCAGCGCACCCACUUCACAUCCCAGCAGUUGCAGGAGUUGGAGCACACCUUCAGUCGCAAUCGCUAUCCCGACAUGUCGACCCGCGAAGAAAUCGCCAUGUGGACAAAUCUAACGGAGGCCAGAGUCAGGGUGUGGUUCAAGAAUCGUCGUGCCAAGUGGCGUAAGCGUGAGCGGAAUGCGAUGAAUGCCGCCGUGGCUGCCGCUGAUUUCAAAUCAGGGUUUGGGACACAAUUCAUGCAGCCUUUUGCCGAUGAUUCGCUAUACACUUCAUAUCCGUAUAACAACUGGACCAAGGUUCCAUCACCGCUGGGCACCAAACCCUUUCCAUGGCCCGUGAAUCCGCUUGGGUCGAUGGUCACAAGCAAUCAUCAUCAGAACUCGGUGAAUUGUUUCAAUACUGGGGCGAGUGGUGUGUCGGUGAGCAUGAAUAAUUCGAUGCUGCCUGGUACGAUGGGCUCUACGUUGACCAAUACAAAUGUUGGUGCUGCGCCCUGCCCGUACACGACACCCGCUAAUCCGUAUAUGUAUCGUGCUGCUGCGGAACCCUGCAUGACCUCGUCCAUGUCUUCGAGCAUUGCCACGUUGCGUUUGAAGGCCAAACAGCACACCACCGGUUUCACGACCCCCUAUUCGGCACACUCGCCCGUCUCACGAUCCAACUCCGCUGGCCUCUCCGCCUGUCAAUACACGGGCGUGACCGACGUUGUCUGAGAAAACGCUCUCGGUGCUCUGCUCAAUCAGCAUCAGCACCACUUGCAGCAUUUCUCCAGCACCGGCGGCGGCGGCGGUGGUCAGCAUUUGGGAAAUAAUGGACUGCAGCAACACUUGGUCAACAGCAACAACAACAGCCUGUUGCAUGGCAACAACAACAACCAUUUGCUCUUGGACCACAGCGAUUUGGGUCUGAGUGGCGGCGGCUCUGGUGUUGGGGGUGGUGGCGGUGCUGAUGACGGCGGUGGCACUGCGACCAACAUUGAUGACAACAACAAAUCACCGCUCAGCCAACGACAUGGCGACUUGAGCGCCAACGGUCUAAUGGUGGGCGCUGGUGGCGCUGGAGGAGGUGGGGGUGGAGGUGUCUCAAAUGGCAACGACAAUGGCGAAGAUGUGGACGAGGAUGUUAUCGAUUGAGCAUACAAGUAUAUACAAACAAAUUUUUAAAUAAAUAUAUUUAACAUUUAGGCGUUCGCAUACAAACAGACCCUAAA